AAUUGACUUCGCCGGUUUCUCGCGGCUUUUCCAGACGUUCUGGUUCAUCAAACUCCUUUCUCACGUUCCUCCGCGGAAGGCGGGGCUAUGAUGAAGAUGCUUCCUGGUGAUUGGUUGUGAUGCGUUAGGAACGUAGUUACCGGAGUUGGCCCGCGCACGCCAGGCCGUGAUUGGUUGCUGGAGGCGGGGCGACUAGGCCGCUGGAGAGGUAGCCGCCGCUGUGAGGAGAGACAUGGGUCAGGCAGCCAAGGUUUUACAGCUUUUUAAAACAUUGCACAGGACCAGACAACAAGUUUUUAAAAAUGAUACCAGAGCAUUAGAAGCAGCCAGAAUAAAGAUAAAUGAAGAAUUCAAAAGUAAUAAAAGUGAAACUUCUCCUAAGAAAAUAGAAGAGCUAAUAAAAAUAGGUUCCGAUGUGGAAUUGUUACUCAGAACGUCUGUUAUACAAGGUAUUCACACAGACCAUAAUACACUGAAACUGGUCCCUAGGAAAGAUCUCCUUAUAGAUAAUGUGCCAUAUUGUGAUGCACCAACUCAGAAGCAAUGAAUUUUCUAGGAUAAAAUCAAGUGUUUAAUUUUUAAUUUUAAAAUGUAUAACUGUGACAAAAGCCCUGGAAAUGCAGAUAUUCUGAACUGGCAUGUUGAAAAUAAGUGAAAUAAAGUAUAGUUUUAUAAUUAAAUCUCACAUUAAAAGGACAUUGCUGAAAACUGCAGGCCGUAGCUAAGUACCUUCUAAAGAACAUUAGAUAAGACAUUUCAUUCUCAUUGGAAAAUCACACUUUAUAAAGUGAAAUAAAUACUUGGGGAGGUAUAUCAUAUUUUACUUCUCUUUGACUUUGAUGAGUAUUUUGGUCUUACCAUAAUUGAGAAUGCAGUGUUUUAACAAGUCGAUGGGUUUUCCUCCCAUGUGAAAUGAAACCAUUAGAUUAAAAUUAUUAGAUUAAAUCGAUGGUUCGUCCCAAACACAUUAAAUUGUUUGAAAUAUCACAGUGUGUGCCAGCUCUCCAGAGAAGGUAGCCUUUGUUUCCUAAAGCACUGAGAUGAUUUUUGUAGCUAACAAAUAAUACAGUUUCUUUUUAUAUAGAGAGAGUAUCUCUUUGUUCCUACAAAGACAACUUUCUAAUCAGUUUUCUGAAGAUAGAUGAUAAAAUCUAUCAAAAUCACCCAGAAUCACUGUGGAAUAAAGAAAUCCUAAUUUUUAAAAGAAAUAGUGGCCCUUAGUCAAACUAUAUAAUAUAACUUUAGUAGAAUGAGCUGUACUUAGACCACACUAGACUUUACUGUGAAAAUGAAAUAUAUUGGCUGCAUCCUCUUCAUUUAAAUCAAUAAAACUUAAAUGGCCUCUGUUCUGCCACAUGUCCCAUCCCUGAAGAGACUGGAAGUAUUGCAAAGCAGCUUGGCAUUCUGCCAUCUAAUGGUAGGAACUGUAAGAUUGUAUUUAAUAUUCUUGUUUCUCUUUUAUAAGUAUCUUUACCAUUCUUUUUCUCUCAAUGAACAGUAUGUUUUUUCCCAUUUUCUAAUCAGUUCUCCCAUUCAGUGAUGAUGACACAGGGUUUUUAGUUUUUAUAAGAAUCUCAAUGCAUUGUUUUUUUGCAAAACAUAUUGGUAUAUCCAUUCUGGGUAUCAAAUUUCAUACUUAAAAAUAAUUUUAGGAGAUCAAAACAUUAUCAAGAUUAUUUAAAUGUAGUACAUUUAACAUUGAACCAGACACUACGCUUAAUGCUUCCUAAUAUUUUCAAACAGAUUAGUUAGUAGUUUAUGAAAUUGAUUAUAUGUCAAAAGAUUUGAUAUAUAACUUUUCACCUCCCUUAUAUAUUUCAUC